AGUUUUGGUCUCAUCCUUAAAUCAUGCGCAUUCACAUCCCCAUUCUCAUCCGCAUCCUGCUCUCAACAUAAAACAACACUCUGGCUCUCCCUCCACCGCCCCAGGCCAUGGCGGCCGGAGUCUCUGCUCCGCCCCCCGCCCCGCAGGCGCCGAGGCCAAAGCGGCCUCGGCCUCCGUCGGGGCGCACCAACCUAGCCUCCUGCGUGGUGGCCACCAUCUUCCUAAUCUUCAUCAUCAUCGUUAUCCUCAUUGUAUACUACACCGUCUUCAAACCCCAGGACCCCAAAAUCGCCGUCAACGCCGUCCAGCUCCCCUCCUUCUCCGUCGCUAACGGCACCGUCAACUUCACUUUCUCCCAGUACGCCUCCGUUAGAAACCCUAACCGUGCCGCGUUCACCCACUACGACAGCUCCCUCCAGCUCAUCUACUCCGGCAGCCAGGUCGGCUUCAUGUUCAUCCCCGCCGGCGAGAUCGACGCUGGCAGGACGCAGUACAUGGCAGCCACCUUCUCCGUCCAGUCCUUCCCCCUCUCGGUGCCGCCCAGGAUGGGCCCCACAUUGGCCAACGGCGACGGAGUGGGCUUCAACUAUGGGCUUAGGGUUGAGCCCACUAUGGAAAUCGAGUCCAAGUUGGAGAUGGCGGGGCGUGUCAAAGUGUUGCACUUCUUCACCCAUCACGUUUAUGCCAAAGCCGGUUGCAGGGUUGCCAUUGCCGUAACUGAUGGAUCUGUCUUAGGUUUUCACUGCUAAUUCUUCUUCUUCUUUUUUUUUUUUUUGUAACUCUAGACUUUUUAAUAGUAAAAAAGUAAAACUGUAAUUGUUACUUGUUAGUCAUGUUAAGUAACCAAACCCAAGGCGUCACGAUUAAAAUUGUAAAGAUGAUUUUCAAUUUUCCUUCUCGAAUGCAAAGUUUCGCCAUUUUGUUUGUCGAA